AUGACACGCGCUCAACAGACCCUCUCCGUUCUCCUCCUUGUUUCUUCGCUAUAUCUUGUCCUUUACUUGGAUCUUGUCCCCCUCAAUGAAACCAUUCAAAAAGAGAUCGUUCCUGUCCUUCCAUUCUAUGCCUUAAUAUCGUUCGGAUGUUACCUACUUGGCCGCCUAGGUGUAGCAAUCUUAACGUUCAAUGAUGUACCAGAGGCGCACGAGGAGCUGCAAAAGGAGAUCGGGCAGGCCAAGGCGGAGUUGCGCAGGCAGAACGUUGAUGUCGACUAA